UGUGACCAUCACUUAAUCAGCGCACACACUUGGAAUACGUUGCACACCUCAGGGCUCUCGAAGGCAGCAAUGUCACUGUAUCAUGGCAUUAUUUCUCGCGUGCUGGUGAGACCUUGCGCUUCACUUUACAGACGAAUCGAACUGAAAUCUGGGCUUCGAACCCAGCGUCUGAUUUGCACACGCCAGUCUUCCGCCACGCUUUCCUCACCGUUUGCAAGUUCGAGUGAAAGAACGAGAAUAUACAAAAGUGAUGGGACAGUGCAGAGUGAAGAGCAGGGUUCGUGGCCGGAGGAGUGUGACGUGCUUGUGCUUGGCGGCGGGGCUGUCGGUUCCUCCGUGGCCUAUCACCUUCGGCAGCGAGCUCAGAGGGGCCUUCGGGUAGUCGUGGUGGAGCAAGACCCAGCUUAUACAAAGGCCUCGACAGUGCUAUCUCUAGGUGGUAUCAGACAACAGUACACAGUGAAAGAGAAUAUCCAGCUGUCUCUGUACGGAGCGGAAUUCCUACGUAACGCCGCUUCCUUGCUGGCCGUGGAGGGCGAAGAACCUCCUGAUGUGCAGUUCAGACCGCAGGGUUAUCUCCUGCUGGCGCCCGAAGACAAGGUCGAAAUACUGAGAGAGAACUUUAGGCUUCAGGUGGAAACGGGGGCUAAAGUGCAGUUUUUCACCGCGACGCAACUGAAGGCAAAAUACCCGUGGCUCAACAUAACAGGAGUUGGCGCAGGUGUGGAAGGCUUUGAAAACGAAGGAAGGUUCGACCCUUGGGCUUUGCUAUUGGGGUUACGUCGCAAAGCCACGAGUUUGGGUGCCGAGUACGUGAGAGGCAAGAUAUGUGGACUGAGCAAACGAGACCAAGUGGACGGGGCGCCUGCAGCUCUGACAUCUGCCGAGAUACUUCUUCCGUGCGGCACAAGACGGAGCAUUGCCUUCAAGCGUGUGGUCUUGGCGUGUGGGGCUUGGUCAGGCGCGGUGGCGGCGCUGGCGGGGAUAGGGGCUGGUGAAGGCGUCCUGGCCAUGCCCUUGCACAUUUACCCCAGGAAACGGUAUGUUUACAUCGUACACGUUCCGGGGCUACCAGGGGCCAACACGCCAAUAUUCAUCGAUAUGAGUGGCACAUAUUUCAAGCGAGAAGGCCUCAAUACACACCUCUACACCGUCGGAAAGUCUCCCACUGAGGAACAGGAACCUUCCAUUGAUGACCUCGAAAUUGACUACGAUUUCUUCGAGAACGAAGUAUGGCCUGUGCUUGCUAACAGAGUACCUGUCUUCGAGAACCUAAAGUUACAGGGAGCCUGGGCAGGUUACUACGACUACCAUACCCUGGAUCAGAAUCCGAUCAUAGGCCCACAUCCAGUCUACGCCAAUAUGUUUAUCGUGACUGGCUUCAGUGGCCAUGGUGCACAGCAUGCAGCCGGAGCAGGACUGGCCACAGCGGAGUACAUUUUGGAAGGGAAAUUCUGUACCAUUGACCUAAACCGUUUUUGUUUUGAAAGAGUUCUCACUGGUGAGGCAGUCAGAGAGAAAAAUGUUAUAUAAGAGUGAAGCCAUGUCCUCACUAUGUGAAUUCUAGCAUUAAUUAGUGAGAUUAACUUAAAGGGACAAUGUCUUUACGUGCAAAGUCCAUUAGGUUCAUACUAAUAUGGACUUGUGUAAUAAAAUUCAGUUGAAAUUUG